AUGCCCAAAGGCACCGACAGAUUCGAUGUCCGCAAGACUGAGACGCCCCGGCAUGGCGAGGAAGAAGCGCAUCUGCUUUCUCACUUCGUCGACGAUGACGAGCUGAAUGACCAACCUCAACCUUCACGACCCAUAUCAAGCUCCAACUCUCCCUCCCGAUGCCCUUCUGCACUCGCUCUUCCGAUUUUGAACAAUGGCCAGCCCCGCAACCCCCGUACGCCUAACCGCGUUCGAUUCGACCUUGGAGACGGUGCAGAGGAAACUCCUGGACGUGAUUCUUCCUCACAUGCCCGAGAUCAAUCAUGGCUCAACGAAGAAGACUAUUUGGACGAUGAUACUGGCCGGUCGAGACGAAGUAGUACGGGGCAGUUGGCUCCGCUGCUUACAGAUAUCGAGGCACCUAGUGUGACUCUUGCAACCUCCGACUUGCCCAUAUUUCCUGAAGAACACCUGGAGAGUGCGAGACCGAAAAGCAAUCUUCGAAAUGCAUUUAUGAAUAUGGCGAAUAGUAUAAUAGGAGCGGGAAUCAUUGGACAGCCGUAUGCUUUCCGUCAGGCCGGGAUGUUAACCGGUCUUUUACUUCUACUGUCCUUAACGGUCACUGUUGACUGGACUAUUCGCUUGAUCGUUGUUAAUUCGAAACUAAGCGGGGCCGAUUCCUUCCAAGCAACUGUUGAAUUUUGUUUUGGCAGACCUGGGUUAAUAGCAAUAUCGAUAGCACAAUGGGCGUUUGCAUUUGGUGGGAUGAUUGCAUUCUGUAUCAUUGUCGGCGACACCAUACCGCCAGUCUUGUCAGCUCUCUUCCCUUCAUUGAACGAGUUGCCGGUUUUAUGGCUACUCACCAAUCGACGUGCGGUUAUUAUCCUAUUCGUUCUUGGAAUAUCAUAUCCUUUAUCAUUGUAUAGAGACAUUGCAAAGCUUGCGAAAGCUUCGACCUUCGCCCUAAUAAGCAUGCUUGUGAUUGUGUUUGCCGUCAUCACACAAGGUCCAAGAGUCCCAUCAGACCUUAAAGGUGAAAUCCAAGGCUCACUUCUGAUCAACUCUGGGUUUUUCCAGGCUGUUGGAGUUAUAUCUUUUGCUUUUGUCUGCCAUCAUAACAGCCUCCUGAUAUACGGAUCUCUAAAGAAGCCUACUCUGGAUCGAUUUGCCCUUGUAACUCAUUAUUCCACUGGCAUUUCGAUGGUCAUGUGCGUGAUCAUGGCAUCCGCAGGCUAUCUUACUUUUGGUGAUAGGACAAAGGGCAACGUUUUGAAUAACUUUCCAGCCGACAAUGUAUUAGUAAAUAUUGCACGACUCUGCUUUGGUCUUAAUAUGUUGGCAACACUCCCUCUCGAGGCAUUCGUUUGCCGAUCUGUCAUGACUACUUUUUACUUUCCAGACGAGCCUUACGACUUAAGCCGCCAUCUCAUCUUUACGACCUCACUGGUUGUCACGUCUGUUGUGAUGGCUUUGAUCACUUGUGACCUCGGCUCUGUCCUCGAACUUAUCGGAGCAACAAGUGCAUGCGUUCUAGCGUACAUACUUCCACCACUUUGUUUCAUCAAAUUAAGCGGGCAGAGCUGGAAAUCCAAAAUUCCGGCAGUUUUAUGCAUUAUCUUUGGCUCUUUGGUCAUGUCCAUCAGUGUCUUGCAGGCGUCGAUUAAAAUGAUUAAACAUGAAGGCGGCCCAAUGACAUGUUCAAAUUAA